AUGAAAUCAGAAUCUUUCGAAGCGUUGAACGCUAUUCUAAUGACCUUCAAGAUAAAUCUGCAGCAAUUAGAAAAAUUGGGUGAGAGAACAGAUAACUGGAGCACGAUCCUCGCGAUUAUGAUGUUGCAAAAGUUGGACAACGAUACUCUACGUCAUUGGGAGACCCACCAUAGUUCAAAGGAUAUUCCGAAAGGAAUAGAGUACAAACGUCCAUUUAAGGUUCCCGCUGUUCACACGGCUAUUGCAGCGACCAGCAACUGCUCAAUUUGCAACGGCGGAUCUCAUUCGUUGAAACAGUGUCGACGGUUCAACAAAAUGAGAGUGAUUGACAGGACAAUGGCCAUCCGAAGACUUGGGUUAUGUUUAAAUUGUCUACUUCCCGGAUAUUUCGUUGUGAAAUGCAUCGGGAACCCAUGCGUCAAGUGCGGUCAGCGCCAUCACCAUUUGUUGCAUCCCUUCGUUCCCAGCCAACUUGGUGGAGCACCAAACACCAACCAAAACCAAGCACAGAACAACCCGAGAAGACCUCAAGCCGCGAAUUCACAACACCAGUCGCAAAUACAAUCGCACGCAAAUGCUCAAUCUCGGACGAACAAUUCUCAAAUUUGCAUGAUCACCGAAAAUCUGUCCCAGAAGCUCAAUUUCAAACGCCUUCAUGAAAAUUUGCCUGUAAAAGGUGUUGGAAGUUCAUUGACCGUUGCCAAGCAGUCAAUCCUUGCGAAGGUUUUGUCACGAUGUUCAUCCUACGAGACAGCUGAGUUGAAGUUUUUCGUAGUACCGCAGAUCACACUGAAUUUGCCACAACGAAGUUUCGAUAUAAGUUCCUGGAAGGUGCCUGCCGAAAUCCAGCUUUCUGAUCCGAAAUUCUUCGUAUCCAAUACCGUAGAUGUGAUUUUGGGAGCGGCAAUCUUUUAUGAUCUACUGUUGCACGAGCAGUUGAAACUUCUCGAUGAAGGUCCUAUUCUACGCAACACCGAGCUAGGUUGGAUUGUGGCUGGGGAAAUAUCCGAUGAUCCAACUACUACGUUCAGCGCUACAGUUGCCACAUCGACAACAACCGAAGAGGUCUACGAACAACUGUUUGGAGUCUGGGAACUGGAGUCAUGUCGAACGAAGAGUUGUCGGUCCAUCGAAGAGUCAGCAUGA